AUGGCCCCGGUUGUCAAACAAAAUGCGCGAAAGGCGCCAGAAACGACUGGCGUUGAACGGAAUACCAAACGACCGAGAUUGGAGGAGUCGAAAGUGGCCAAGUUUACUUCGAUUGCUGCUUUGCAGGCUGCGUUGAAUGCGAAUAAUAAAAGGCCGUGUGCUGCGUUGGUUCAAGCGCUUACGACUCUGCGUAACCAGAUCUCUCUACGCCAUGCUGAAGUCGAAGCUUAUAUUGAGGACCCUAGAACGAAGCUUGUUCAACAUAACGAUGAACGAUUGCUUUUGGCGGAGGAGUGGUGUAAAGUCAGUCCUGGACUGCCGGUGUUGUUUGAAGUCUGGAAUGAGACGUUUGACGAAUCUGCAGCGGCUGCCAAUGGAUCUCAAGGCGUAGCUAUGGCCAAUUCAGUCGCGUCGUUGGUUCUGUCGGUCUUCUCCUCGAUCCUCACACUGUUGUCGACCUCGUAUGUGUUCCAAGCGGCUGGUAUUCAGAUCAUCAAGAACUUCACCCCGGACCAUUGGCGGCGGCUCAACACCUAUGUGACUGGACAAGGGAGGGGAAGGAAUAACCAGGGACCAAAUAACGAGCUCAUAUUGGUAUCUCUGCGUUUGUUGGCGGUUAUGUCGGAGAAAUGGGACUCGAAGCGGGUGUAUGAAAGUUUUGCUUGGGAGUCCAAGGCAUUGCCAAAACUUCUAACGAUGCGCCGUAAGGGCGAUUCCUCAGUCAAUCCACUAGUUAAACCCGACAUCCGAACGGCGUACAUCGUGUUCCUCCUCUCCUUCCUCUCCAACUCGGUCGAUAGCCGUGUCAGCUCGCAAACAAAAACGACGUUCCUAUCGACACCAGCAUCAGCGUCGGCGUUCCAUCCUAUUUUCAAAACUCUGCACUCGGACCAUGCGACUGUUAUCAAGCGUGUGUUGGAGGUGGCUUGGGAGGGGGUGUGGUGUGAUAUAAGAAUUAGUAGGACGCUCAAGAUCAGUGUUUUUGGGGAUUUGCAUGGGGUAUUAGGACAUUUUCUCAAACUCUACGACAAUACGGAUGCGUCUGGUGCCGACUACAGCCCCGCCGACCUUGUCCACCACUUCCUCCUCGCCAUAUGCACUCGUCCCGGCGUCGGCCUCUGCUUCAAGGACCGUGGCUGGUAUCCCAGGGAAGGCGAGGAAGACGCCUUGGAAGCAGCGGAAACCAGGACGACGAAGGAUUCGGAGAGGGGCAAGAUCUACAAUGUCAUUCUCUCUGGUCUUUUGCGUAUGUUGAAGGUCACCGAUGAUCCUCGCCAACAAGAGUUGGCUCUUAAAAUUCUGCAGGCGUGUCCGGAACUGGCAGCGGGGUAUUUGCCGGCAUCCGGAUUGACGCUUGACCCUCCCCGACUCUCUUCAAAAUGGCUGGCCAACAUCGCCUUUGUGACAGGUGUUAUCAACCUCCCUGUACCCGUCGAAUCGUUCCACCUGCACUCUACGCAACAGUCGACCACCUCCGAAGGUACCCUCUACAAUCCCGUACCGCCUCCUGUGGCCACUAUCCUCGGCAACAUCAUCCCCGCCAGUCAAAAUUUGAACAUGAAGAAUGUGUUCACAAAAGGUCUGCAAUUUACGACCACUCCAGCAAAUAGCGGUAGCAAAGGCUCGACUGCAGCAAGCACCACGACAACGUCGCCUUCCCUCGGAAACCUCGUCCAACAUACCACAGCCCUCUCCCUUAUCAAAUGUCUCGACAAGCUUGCUAGAGUGAAGGAAGCGUUUGAAGAGGUCGCUUCUGCUCUAGGCGAGGGUGAAGCCGAAGGACAAUGGACACGUCGCUUGAAGGAGGUUAUGCGGGAGGUUCGAAGGCGGUUACCUGAAUUCCAAGUCGUGGUCGCGUUCUGCAGUGCCCACCUGCGAGCGUUCGCGCCCGCCGAAUCCACCACCACCAAUCCAUCCGUUGUUCAAGCCUCUUCUGACUCCGGGACCUCGUCGGCGUCGUCGGUAUCGCUGAUCAAGAAGAAGGCGUUGUUGGCGGAGUGCGCGAUGCGUCUUUUGUGGAUGUACCAGAAGUGCUUGCCGGAGGUGGUUGAAGGAGCUCGAUUCGAUGUUGGGAAGAUUUUGGUUGGGUUCGAGUUUGCGUUCCCUGGUGUGGACCCGAGCGAUGCGAUUUCUGAUCGGGGGGAGGACGAGAGUGACGAGGAUGAUGGAGAGGACAAGAUGGAUGAAGAUGAGGAUGGUGAGCGUGAAGAGCCUUCUGAGGGCGACGAACAGGACGAAGGCGAGAGUGACGGCGGAGAAGACGGUCCGGCUGCCGAACAGGAGAAAACCCAAGAAUCGGAAGACAUCGACGUUGCUCGCCGCCUGCAUCGAAUCACUCAACUCCACAUCCUCCGUUUCUUAAAAGAGAGCAACACCUUCGUCGCCUCGGGUGGAUGGACAGGGAAAAGCCAUACCAGUGCCAGCGGGCAAAGUCAAACCCACCUCCACACCCUCCUCACGCAGUUCAUCCGGUUCCAUCCAUCCAGUGCAACCGGCAAUUAUGAGCUUUCUAUUCAUGGGCAGAUUACCUCGCUGGUCAAGCAUGUGUUGGCGUCGACGUUGUUGUUCCAGGAUGACCCUGAUGAAGUGGACUUUUGGUUGAAUUCGUUGCCGUAUGGUGUGAGGAGGGUGAAGGUUGUUACGAGGUCGGUGAAGCGGGAGGGUGGAGGGGAAGGCGAGGACGCAGGCAGAGAUGAGGAAGACGACGAGGACGACGAGAUUCAGACGAUCACUGUCUAUCCUGAAACGCCAGAUGGCACCCCUCUCACGGAUGAGCGAGAGGCUGUCAUUGCUUUCCUGGACGAGUGUGUGCAGAGGUGUUUGAAGGCGCCGUACAAGUAUAUCGAGGAGAUGGAGUCGUUUGCCAAUGCUGACUCGACGGCCAUGGACGUGGAUUCGACAUCCGACUCUGCUCGACCUUCGCCCAGUACGACCGCGUCGAUCUCAACGCCCAGCCCGCUGCUCUGCACCGUUGUCGAACAACUCGCUGCCAAAGUCCGAGCUAAACUCCUUUCGCCGUCGGACUUGCUCGCUAUCACGACGUUCCUGCGCAAACUCUUGUUCGCGUUGCUUGGGCGAACUGAUUUGUGGACCGUCGAGGCAGCAGACGGUGGUAGCCUCCAGACGCCCAAUCCCAAUCUCGCUGUGCUUGUAUCGAUCGCGAAGAAGAUUUCGGAGAGUCUGGAUGUCGAGAAGUUGGUAUUCGGGGAUGAGGAGGAAGGUUCACCUCGACAUGGUCUGAUUAAACAAGUGGUCAGACGGGAGGUGGAUCUCAUGGUUGAUUCCCUUUACGCUCGACUUUCCAACGCCUCCUCCUCAACUACCGAUGCACUCGCCACCGCCAAAGAGCCACCAUCGCAACAAGAAGUAGAUGACAUCGACGACUUCCUCGAGUUGGUUGAAGGACUGGACCUCCCACCUUCCAAACGCGAACGCCAACUUACAGCGUUCGAGCUGGUUGAUUGGGUUCGACUACUUGAUAGUCCGCUCAACGCAGCGCAGACGAAGAAGAUAUUUGAGAUUGUGAAGGAGUUUGGGGGUGCGUGGGGUGUUAGGGACUUGGUUGGUGUGUUUGAUGUUGGUUCUACUCCUGGGUUGGUGGAAGUGUUGGAGGUGGUGGGGAGGGAGGAGAUGAGGGAUGGGCUGCCGUUCGAGUAUUUGUUGCGCCAUGCAAGCGCUGAAGACCUUGUGAACCCCGAAUUCCAGAAGGUCCUCGUGGAUUCUGCGACGCAGCAUGGACCGAAGAGUUUCUUCUACUCCCCUGCGAACUCGGAUUCGGUCGUGGUGUAUGCCACAAGAGUUAUCCGCGUCAUCCUGCAUCAUCUGCAGCAGUGGAGAGCGAAGGGCGAAGGCGGUAUCAGCAAUGCACUGUUGCUGGUGUUGGUUUCCUUCUUGGCGGCUUUGAAGAGCGCACCACAACCUUUUGAAGCUGUCAAGAGUGUGUUGUUUGGUGGGCAGUUGCCUGCGUUUAAGGGGAUGCUGUUGAGUUUGAAGGCUGUUUCUGUUUCGGCUGCGAUUGCCAAGAUUCAGGCCACUUGUCUAGACUUCACCUCCGCGAAGGAUAGGGAGCUCGUUCGGGAUACCGCCAUCUUCUGGCGUGACCAGUUCCUGUCCUGGAUGGAACAGCCUACUGCCUCUAAUGCCUCUAACGAGCUCGCACAGCAGCAGGUCGAUUACGCGCUCUCUUGGAUUAGGUUUUUAGAUCCGCUCGCCCUGCUUGAUUGUCUCGAGUCGACACUCGCCCUCGCGUCCACUACAUCCUCGAAUCGAACAUUCCUCGCUCUGCUUCAAGUGGCUGCAGACCCACUGAGAGCGUUGGCUUCCGGUAGUGGAUCGUCCGAUAACGUCGCGUUGCUCAGUUCGCGACUUUCUCUUCUGUUCAAGUUGCAAGCGAUGCUUUCGACUUCGGCUUCGGCGCAGGAUGGGCCGGGUGACGAAAUGCUUCGUGGUGCGUUGGAGGAGUUGAUUGCGACUGCCCUGGAGUCGACUUUGCCUGUGGGUGUGAUGGGCACGUCGACCUUGUCUGGCCCGCCUUCGUCGCUUGCAGAGUUGUUGCGGGAUGCGGAUUCGAGGUGGAAACAGAGUCGUCGGGAGGGAGUGGCAGCUAGGCUUGAUGUUGCCUCUCUUCUCGGCCAAGGGACGUUCACCAACGCCACGGGGAGGAUUAUUGCGAGCCUUCUGUAUAGGGAAUCGGGUUCGACGGAGGGUGGGUCGGCUGAAGAAGCUGUACUCGAUUGGCUCGAGUCGGAGGGGAGCAGCAAGUCUCCUCUCGAAGACCUCGUUCCCGUCCUCCAUUCGGUGCUUCAUACUACCCUCCAUCGUCCUGAACGACACAAGGUGCUCUCGUUGUUCGGUGACAACAAGCGGCUAUCCAAGGUCCUUCAGCGGCUUGCCAAAGCGUUUGGGGACGAAGGCUACAGUCCGGUUACUCGAGGUCGGGUGCAGGCUGUGGUGAAACUAUUGUUCCAGCAUGGACUGUCGGAUGAGACGCGAGUCGAAUCGGUGGAGCAUUGUUUGAAGCAACUGCGCAAGGCCAUCCCCAGCGAACCAGCCUUUAUCUCUCCGGAAUGGAUCUCCCUCGUCUAUUGGGUUCAAGCUCACCUGCGGUCCUCGAAAGAGUCUCGGUCUCUCGUCAACGAGGCUAUCGAAUCGACGCUGCAGUACCUCACUCGUCAGUUGGGUGGUCAAGAUGGGUCUAGUUGGUCGGACCUGGAAGAUCUCGCUCGCAAUCUCUCAGGUUUGGUGGAGACUUCGAAGGACGCAGAGUUCAAUCAGGGGACGAUCGAGACUUUGUUCCCUGUCAUUAUCGAGCAUCAUCUUGCACAGCCUGUGUAUUUGAUGUUGGUGGAGGCGUUCCUUCGGGUGGCCAAUUUGAAGCCCCUUGUCGUCAACCGGUAUCUUCAAGCAAUCGUCCAGCAUCCACGGUUCUACAGGCUGCUCAGCACCACCGCUUCACCAGAAUCCCUAUCGAUCAAGGAGGCCAUCACAUCCGUGUUGCACACCCUGUUCCACCUUCACCCUUCCAACACCUGCCAAGUGAGCCACGUCGAACCUUUGGUUCGCAUCUAUCGCGGAACGUUGUCGAAACCUGAUCGUAGGAUUCUGGAUAUCCUCCAACUCUUCGAGGGGCAGCGCAAACUUUCCGUGGCUGAGCUUUUGGCCAAGUGGUCGAACAGCCAGAUCGCUUCUUCGGUCUAUACACCUUCGUCCAGUUCGCUCGAGGCGGUUCAGAGCUUGGAUGCGACACUGGUGUUGCAGACGGCUUUGGCGUUGCCUUAUUGGAGGCAUAUUGACCAAAGGGGGUUGGGUGUUGAGGCAAAGGGCAGGGAGGAGCAGCUUUACGACCCGGUGUUCUUGAUGCUCCUGUUUGGCCAUGUUCUUUCAGAGAACCCGCCUUCUGGACCAAUUGGAUGGAUUGAGCUAUUCCGUACGAACGUUGUCGGGGUUGUUGUGAGGACGUUGUCGUCGAGUCAUGAACCUACUCGUCGGUUGGCGCUCUCGCUGUUGGUUGGUGUGUGGAAGUUGGUUGAGGGUACGGAGCUCCAAGAGAAAGGACAUCUAUUGUAUGUCAUGAACCAGAUCAAGAACCUCUUCCCAUCGCCUUCGACAUCGUCUAGCGACGCGUACCCGCCACGGCUCCCGUCCUACAUCACUCUCCUCCUGUUCCACGCCCUCCGUGGGAUCUUCAAUCCUUCCCACUUCAUGUACCCCCUCACCUCACGCUUCCUGCUGCAACGCCCAGAGAUCGACAUGACCGACGUCCCGAUGCUCUACUCGUUGCUGUACAGCAGUGUCGACGAUCGGUGGAGGAAGGAGAGGGGAUGGAUUCUGAGGUUCCUCGCGGACGGCAUGCUUGCCACUGGAUCUGGCUCUCAAGACUGGAAGAUCCUCAAACGGAGGCAUACCUGGGAUCUACUAGCCAGUCUGUAUCAGAGCGCGUCUGAAGCAAGCGUGGAUAAGGAGAAAGGGUUGAGGCAGGCUAUAUUGUGUGUCCUCGUUAAUCUUACUAGGCAUAGCAAGCCGUGCUCGAGUUUGGUGCUGAAGUCGGGGUUGUUGGCGUGGAUUGAGAUGCAGUUGAAGAGGGAGAUUGGUGUUAGUGGUGGUGCGAGUAGGAAUGAGGGUGUGGCUUGGAUCAAGAUUAUUGAGAACGUUGUUCUGGUGCUUGAUAAGGACAGGCUGGAGGGCACUUCGCUUGAGGGGGAGUGGCAGGCGACACUGUGGAGAUCUAUUGCCCUUUUGUUGUCGAAACACGCUUUCGCUACUCAAGUCUUGCCGUUUGCAGCCCGUGUCAUGCUCAGGCUUGGGAAGCAUACCGGUCCCGACUGCAAGGCGUCUGUGGAAGCAAUGUCACUCGCAGUCCAGCGAUUGGAAGAUCUCGAGGCUGGGAUUCAGCUCCCGGAUGCCCAGCUUUCAAGUUCCCAUGCACUGCCGGCGCUGGACGACCUGCUCCCACCUGCCCUUCACGCCUCGUAUGAGCUCCAUGACAAGCCUCAAGUGGAAUCGACCUUUGCUCUGUGGGGUCGGUUGGUGGAGAUAAUGUGGAGAACGGUUAUGGCGAUGAACGCUGGGAGUGAGGAGAAUGAGGCGAUUGGGGCUGUAUGGGCCAAAUUGACUAGUCGGCUGCUGGUUUGGGGUUCGAUAGUCGGACCGGGUCGCUCGGAAGAGGCAGAAUGGGCGAGGAUAGAGUCCGUUAAGCUCCUUGGUUGA